AUGACUGCUUUAUCUUUUGCUUACCUCUCCAAUUUUAUAAUAGUUAGUUCUAGUAUUCAUAAUAACUAUUUUACUACUACUACUACUGAUAAUAAUAAUAAUAAUAAUAAUAAUAAUAAUAGUAAUAGUAAUAAUAACAAUAAUGACCAGAAUAAAUCAACCUUCAAAAAAUUCCCUUUUCAGCACUGUUAUACAUCAAUAACUGAUAAUCACUACUCAGAUCUCAUGAAUAAAUACUGUUCAGAUAAAGGAAUUGAAUGUACACCACAAGAGAUGAUUAGAGAGACAAAAGAAAAUUUUAUAAAUUUACAACAGACAAAAUUAGAUCGAAUCCAUAAAUUUGAAUAUGAUCAUUAUCAACAGAAUUAUCAUUAUGAUCAUCAACAUAAUUUUAAGAAAGAGAAUAUAAUUAUUAAAGAAUGUGAUACAGAAGAGAAUUUAUAUACAUCAACAAGAUGGAACAAUGAUAAUUGUAUUUUACCAAUAGAAGGCAAUCAUAUGAUAAGACAAAAGAAUAUUCAUGAAGGAAUGAAGCCUAUAAUUAUGCAAAAUAUGAUUCAUCUAGACAACGAAGAAGAAACAUACCGGGAUAAUGAACCUAGGUUCCAGGAUAACGAUUUUAAGCUUAUAGUAGCUUCAUCAUUUGAUUUCAGACAUUUAUCAUUGAAAUGCAAGUAA